CAGCGGCCCGGCCGCGAGGGGGCGCCGGGCUGAGGGGGCCCCGGGCAGCGGCUGCCCGGGCACGGCGCUCUCGGCCCCCCCCGCCCCGCCACACGCGGGGCUGCCGCCCGCGCAAGAUGUGGGGGCGCCUCUGGGGCUUCCUGUACGACAAGUACUUUCGGUUCUGGCUGAAGUGGGUCCUGCGGCUGCUGACCGGGAAGUGCGAGCUGCAGCGCGUCCUGGGCGGCGCCGCGGCGGGGGCGCGGCGGACGCUGAGCGUAGAACAUUCACUGGAAUCAUCAAAGAAUAAGGUUUUAAGAAAUGCUGUACAUGUUGAAGAAGCUGAAGUUGAGAAGUGUGUCAGAGAUGUAAUGAAAGAAAAGAGAAUUGAACAGAGGGAUACAGGGUUUAAGGCAAAUCUGCAUAUAUCCUUACUGCAGAUAUCAGGUUAUAAAAAACUGUAUUUGAAUGUGGAAAACCUAAGGAAGGUCCCAUAUGAUUCGGAAAACGAAGAACAUGAGGAACAGUUAAUUGAGCUCUGGAAUUUGCUGAUGCCUCACGAGAAUCUGAAGGCCAGAAUCAGCAAGCAGUGGUGUGACAUCGGCUUCCAAGGCGAUGAUCCCAAAACAGACUUCAGGGGAAUGGGUCUGCUGGGCUUAGUGAAUCUGGUGUAUUUCAGUAAGCAUUACACCCACGAAGCUCGUCAGAUCCUUUCUCGUUCAAAUCACCCAAAGCUGGGAUACUCCUAUGCAAUAGUUGGGAUCAAUCUGACAGAAAUGGCAUACAGCUUGCUCAAGAACGGUGCUUUAAAGUCUCAUCUGUACAACGUGGUCGCUGGAUUGCCGCAGAUGGAGCACUUCCAUCAGUUUUACUGUUAUCUAGUUUAUGAGUUUGACAAGUUCUGGUUUGAAGAAGAACCAGAAAGCAUUAUGCACUUCAACCAAUACAGAGAGAAAUUCCAUGAAAAAGUUAAGGGACUUCUACUGGAUUGCAACGUGAUACUCACCUUACAAAAUACAACAAAACCGUAACUCCUCUGCAGAACAUGACAUUCUGCAUCAAAAAUUGAAUGAUGCAUUUGGAUUGAAGUCUUGUGUGUUUCACCAAAAACUGUUUAACAAUAGAAUUUUUUUUUACAUUUAAAAAAAAAAAAUUAGCAAAAUUCAGUUAAGAAAGCUUGUACAAUCAACGUCUGUUUACAGGUAUUUAUAUGCUAUUCUCCAAAGGGCAACUUUUUAAGAAGAAAGUUAAACAAAAACCAGCCAACAAACCAACACAGAAAACAACCCACAAAUCUCAAGAGCCUCUGGAUCGCUUGCUUUCACAUUUUGUUUUUUUUAUUUCUUGAUGCAGGAACAUGAAGCAGGUAUUUAAGCUGCAUCACGUUUUCUAUGAAUAGGUUUCACAGUUAACUGUCUUUUAAAAGAUAUUUUAAGUUCAACUUUUCAACUUAGAACUUUAAUUCCAACUUCUUAACGUAAUAAGUUGGAGUUCAGUUUGAUUUUUAGAUGAAAUUACCCUGGUUUUAGACUUCUUGUGUUCUUGUUCCAUUACAUGUCAUUGUCAUUCACUUGUCAAUGUUAAAUUUCUCUGUAAUUAAGAGGUCCACGGAGGGGAUGUAUUAGUCAUUUAUAAUUUUGGAGAAGAGGCUUAAUCCAUCACCAUACUGAUGUACUUCCUGGAAGUUACUUCUGGCUAAGGAAGUUUUUUAUCUGUGGAUUUGUACCAGCCGAUUCCUGUGCUUGGAAGAAGUUUAGUUUGCAAAACAAACAAAAAGAACCACAAGUCAUCAGCAUGAGGAUAAGAUUCUCAGGCUAAAGCUACUCUUUCUAAAAGUAUUCCUACUGUAAAAAUUUUUGAUUCUUUAUAAUCUGACUUCAGACACUCAGGAUGAUUGUAUCUGUUGUCAGCCCUUUCUUCUAGCAGCUAAUGGGGUGUUCUUAGUGGGAAGUACAAGAGAUCUAGUUUAGCCCUUUUAUAAAUUUUAAAGAAAAACCUUUAUUGCAGCUGCAGUUCUUAUUUUGUGAAAUUAAAUUCACAUCUGAGUACUAGCCUCUAACAAAGAUGUGUUUUCCAUGGAAGGGAUGCAACUUUGGUGUGUUCCUUAACCUUGCCGUCCUCAGACAAUCUAGUCAAUAGGACUUCAUGUCUAUAUUGUGACUAAUUAUUGCUUAGAGCAACUUUAAAUGGAUUUGGCAUGACCAUCACUUCAUUUUCUAAGAACUACUCUUUAAUAAGUGCCUUCUGCUUUUUUCAAUCAGUCUUUUAUUUUGAUUCUGUAACCAGAUCACAGCCUUAGAAACUUGAUUUAUUUGAGAAAAAGUCUUUCACCACGUACCUAAAUAGCUCACAGUGGCACAAAAUUUGUAUGCUAAUACAAGCUUUCAUGACUUUAUUUUUUUUUUAAAUCAUCUCAGGUAAACUAGUUCUAGUCAAUGACUAGUCAUGAAGAGAUUCCUGAAGAAUACAAGCAUUGAACACGAGAAGGGAAGAAAAAAAAAAAAGAGACAUAUCCCUUUUUCUAAUGAGUAUUGUUACACUACAUAAGUAUGAAAUAUAUUAUAAUAUGUAGUACUGCAUCUCUUGGAGAUCAUCAAAACCCAGUUGGAUAUGGCCCUAAGCAGCCUGUUCUGAGGGACCCUGCUUUGGGCAGGAGAUUGGACUUGAGUGAUCUCCUGAGGGUGCCUUCCCACCUCAGCAAUUCUGUGAGUUUGUGUUGUGUAACUAGUGACUUGUUGCACUGCCUCCACCCAUAUGCUCUUGAUCCCUUAAAUGUUGGUCAUCUCUUGCCUGUGGGAAAGCUCCUGGAUCAGGGUAGACAGUACAUGUGUAGGAGGUAACACAGUUCUGUUUUCUUUUUAUGGUACUUUAGGUGUAGAUGAGAGUGGAGAGUGGCUUCAUCUCACCUGUGUUGGGUUGGAUGCUGUUCCACUUAAAAAAAAAAAAAGGAAAAGCACUGUGAAGAUGCUCAUAGGGAGAGUAUUUACGGUUAUGCCCUGGCUUGCAAACCGAACAGUUAAACUGACCAGAUUAGAUACAGAAUUGACCAUGGGAAGCCCAGUUCUUUUGCUACUUCCAGGUACUUGGAUCCUGUAAUUCUCACCACUGAAAAACUGGGAUCCUGUGGAGAGCGUUCUGCGAUUCAGGUCCUGCAGUGAAGCUCUGUUCCUCUGACCCUUGCAGACAUUGGACAUGCCUAAAAUCUGAGGAAGGAAGUGGAAAGUGGACUCCUUCCAAGUAUGCUUUUCUAACCUCAGCUUCUGUGAAGUUUGUCUUCAUUAAUAACUUCUGCCACUGCUUGUAGAUCUCCUUUGCAAGCAACACGAGACUGAGUUUCAAUUUCAGAAGUGACCCCACUAUGUUUAGCAGCAGCAGGAAAGCAGAUCCUAUUCUUUAUUUUCAUGUGCUGCUUUCCAGCUAGUAACAAAAUUGCUUGAGCCAUCUCUAAACACUCCCCCGGAGCUAGGUUUGCAAGUUCUAUUUUUUUUUUGGCAACAGUUGUAAAAAUAAUGUACACCCUUGUCUGUCCAGCACUGAAACUUUAACUGGGCUCCUUGUUCGCUGGGAGACUGACAUUUAACUCUUGCCGAGGCUUCUAAAGCCCAAGCAUCAAGUUUCAGAUUUCCUAUCAUACAGCUGAGAUGUUUUAGUGUAGAAUGUAGAUAGAGUUUAGUGUGAGAUGCAUCUCUGUUAGCUUUUUUUUUUCUUUUUAAAAUCAAUGAGUGACCUGGGACUAAACUGUGGCAGUAUACAAGGGGAAAAAGUAAACCCAGCCAUCAUCAGUGAGUGAGACAUAUGGGAAUACAUUAGUUUGCGUGUAGUAAUUAGGGUACUCCCGGGCAGGUGGGGCUCGUUAGCCCUUAAAGGCAACCCACCUACGUCCUAAGGACCUCGCUGCCACCGUCCAAGCUCGCUUGGCCCUGGCAGAUGAACCUUAGGAUUAAAGGGUGGGCUCAGUUCCGCGCACACUGUGUCUCACCUAAAAAAUCCAAUGCGCAGGCUGGAAGGUGAAAAGACCUUCCCCGGAUCUUCGCUCGCGAAGACUGGCCAUUAUAUUAUUAUUAUAUAGUAAUUAGGGUGAAUGUGUUAGGCUCCAGUACACCUUCCCCGUAAAGAGUUAGAAUUUGCAUGCCCAGUAAUUCUGUCUAGGAGUCACUCACUAGAUGUAGACUAGUACUGGGUGUCCCUGUUUGCACCAGUGGUAGGCUAAUUGUAUUAUGGUGGUAGGUAGAAGAUACAGGGGAAAAGGUAAAAUUGUGUUUAGGGAAGGGAAGAAUGAUGCUUUACUAGUCAGCACUAAUUUAUGCUAACUCUGUAGUAGGGUGACAGUCCUGAGGUUAUGGAAGAUUGGAAAUGGAGGCAGGCCACCUUUACGCAAGGUUGAUAUAAUCAAUUUGUUCAGCAUCAGAAUUUGUUGCUCACAGGUUAUUCUGAGAACCUCAAAAACUUGCUAAAUUGUCUUAUUAUUUUUCAACUGUCACGCUUUAAAGUACAAACUGUCUUUAGAAUUCGGAAGUGCUGUUGGUUUUCUAACUUGCUGCCUCUUUAAAGCAUUCACGAUGUGAGAGAUUGUAUGCAAAUUUAAGAAAAAAAUUCUAAAACUUAAGACAGGGUGGUUCUCUAAAUCUUUUGUUGUUCCUGUAGCAACUGUUUAACAAACUACCUCCACUUUUGUUGUUCAAAAUGGUUGUAUGCUUGAAACGUGGUGCCACUCUGAACAAAAUAAUCUGAAGAUAAGUAGUUUACCACAAGCAAAAGUAAAAUCUAGUCUUUCACUAAGUAAACACCUUGCUUCAUAAGUAACCAACUUGACUGGAAAGUGAUCUGAAGACAGUGCUACUUAGGAGGAAAGAAAAUGAGAAUGUUUUUAAACUGGUUGUGCUUCUGUCAUCUGAUACAGCCAUGUAAAGGAUAGGCCAUUUUGUCCUAAAGAAUAAUUGGAAAAGGGGCCAAUUUAAACACCUCAGAUAAACAUUUUUGGGUUUUCACUCUUUGAAAAACAAAACCAAAAACAUGCAAACAUCGAUUAGACACACACAAAGCCCCAAGCAGUGGUUUUCCAGACUUUCCAUCCCACUUUAAAUAAAAUUUUAUGAAAAAAUUACUUAGCCUUGUUUUAGGUAUUAUCAUAAUGAAAAAGUUUUGUAUUUAGUUAGGUGGGCAGUCAGUAUUCUUGAAAAUACUGCUAGUGAACGCGUGGCGAAGAUGUAACCUGUGAUUUCUUUCUGUCAUACUUGUUUUUGUGUUGCUGUAGUACAAUGUUGACCAAUUUUUGGACUGAUGUUUCAUGUACCAGUCUAGAUACUGUCUUUCUUUCUCUAGGGAAUUAAAAACAACCCAGCCCAAGACAGCUUGUGGGUAGUUUCUUCUUAUCACACUGUGCUUAGAUAGCUGCAUACUAAUAGGAAUCCCUGUUUACCAUGAUACAAAAGCAAUAAUGUAAACUGUGAUGUCUGUGUAAUAGAGAUGUUUACAAUGGUAGCAAAUAAAGAACAGGUUAUUCCAAAA